UGGGAUUGUAGUUUUUUACCAUUCAGCUAUGGAUAUGGCGUAGAGAUAAUGUCGAUAUUAUUUUUACGUUUUGUAUAUAUUUGUUUUAAUGUUAAGACACAAAUCUUGUGAUUUAAGUAUUUCGUGUAGAGAAUAAUGUGUUUGUACAUUCUAAGUGUGACAUGUUUGUGAUUGUUUGUGUUCUACAUUAGUAGCCUAAUUUUGCUUUGUUUAGCAUAUGCUGAGUGAGAGAUAAGUUUUGUAUUCGUCACGUAGAACCAGUUAAUUACGCAUUAUGGAUUUUCUAAGAGAUCUUGAGAGUUGCAACAGGGGCACAAGAAGUGAUUCUGCUCAAGGUCUAGCCAACAAUGUUACAUCUAGUCCAGUCAUGAAAAUACCAUUACCUCCCCGUUUGUGGAUAACAGAUGUUUCCGAUGAAGAAUCUUCUGAAGAAAUUGAAAGUUGUGUUAGAGAUGAGGGAGUGUUUAACCCGGAACGGGCCCGAGUCAAAUCGAGGUUCCGACAUUACAAACAGAGGUCCAAUGUUACUGUGCCCCUAGGGAUAUUUUGGGACAUAGAGAAUUGUCAGGUACCCCGAGGCUGCUCGGCAAUAGAUGUAGUAGCAGCUAUCCGUGCCAAAUUUCUGACGGGGCGGCGAGAGGCGGACUUUGUGGUGGUCUGUGAUGUGAGGAAAGAAUUACCACUGAGGCUCCAGGAACUUAAUGAUGCUCAAGUAAGCUUAAUCCAUGUGUGUGGCACGCAAAAGAAUGCAGCAGAUGAGAAGCUGCGGCAGUGUAUGCGCAGGUUUGGGGAGCUGCACAGUGCCCCGGCCUCGCUACUCUUGAUCUCAGGGGACAUUAACUUUGCGGCUGACUUAAGUGACUUUAGACAUAGGAAAAAUAUGGAAGUGAUACUGGUGCAUAAGCAGAACACGUCGUCCGCCCUUAUAACCUGCGCCUCGUCGCAUUACUGUUAUAACGAACUAACCGCUCACUUGCCUAGAAACCCAAAGACGCUAAGCCAAACUGAAGAGGAGGAGGAUCCAAUAUGCGAAGUGGAAGUGGUGAAUCUGCCGCUGGAGCAACCGGCGGACCGAGUGUCGCGCAGGCUGCGCCGGUUGGCUGACAACUGCGGCGGGCGCGUGCUGCGCGUCGACAAGUCCACGGCUGUGCUGCGGUUCCCCACGCCCGACCAUGCUGCCAGAGCACUGAAGCGUAUGGACGGCGAGGACGUGUUCGGUCGGAAGAUCAGCACGCGGUACCUGCGCCCCCUCCAGCCCUACCACACGUACUCCAGCGACGAGGGCUACAGCACCGCCGGGGUCGACAAGCCCGCCUUCAUACCGCCGCCAGUGCAGCCGUCGCCGGUCCCGCUGGCGCCGCCGGUGCCGGCGACGGAGUGGGCGCGCGCGCUGCAGGCGCUGCCCGCGCCCACGCCGCCGCCGCUCGACUUCUGCCCGCCGCCCGCGCCUCGCCCGCGCAAGAUCCGCGGCAUGCACGGGUCCGCGAACCUGGACCGCUCUGGUUGCUCGUCGAGCAACAGCGGCGACGACAGCCGCGCCCGCGACAGCCAGAGCCGCGCCGUGUCGCCGUGGAACUCGUCGGCCUCCUUCAGCGAGCCCAGCAGCGAGGCCGAGGACUCCACGGCCGAGCUCACCGUCACCAACCUGCCGCCUUUCGACCCGGCCGUCAUACAGGCCAUGCUCACUAAACUCUUCAGCCAGUACGUCCCCGUUGUCAAAGUGAUGGUGUGGGUGUACAACGACGGGCCCAUAGCCACGGUGGUGGUUCGGUCGGAGUGGGACGCGCGGCUGGCCAUCGCGCGCGUGCACAAGCGGCGCCUCGACAACGCGUGGAGCGGCCGCCGCCUCGAGCUCGCGCUCGGCCGCCCCUCGCCCGCGCCCAACCAGGACGUGCUGCGCGCAAGGCUACGCGCCAUCCUGCUCGACCACGCCAACCACGCCCUGCCCCUCCUGCGCCUGAGAGACGCCUACGCCAGCCGCCACUGCUGCGCGCUCACCACCUCCGACAUAGCCCGGCUUAAAGACACCGUCAUUAUCCACGAAGGCUACGGGCGACUCGUACAAUUAACCGAUCUGACACCAGUUACAGAGUUAGAUAUGGAGGAGGCUCCGUGGAAGUGUCAUAUCCAUGGCGGAUUGAGUACGGGACAUGAGGACGGGAGUAGGAUUCUGCAGCCCGUGUUUAUGGAGAUCUCUGUGCUGGCGAAGAAUACUCUAGCGCUGCUGGACAGCCAUGGAGGAAAAUUGCCUUUAUUAAGUUUCGUGGAAUGUUACGAGGCGGCGUUCUCUUCGUUCUCGUACGACGCGACCCGCGGGGUGCCGCUGGAGCUGCUGCUGCACGGCGCCGCGGCCGUCGAGCUGCGCGACGCGCCCUCGCGCCAUCUAGUGCGCAGGGAGCCGCAACACGAUCUCAGCUCUAGUUCCCGGUCGAGCGGCGAGCGCGAGCGGCCGCGCACGGCGCCGGCGCUGGAGCCGAUGCUGGCGCUGUUCGAGCGCGAGCUGGUGGACCUGCUGCGCGCCGCGCCGCGCUGCUGCAUACCCUUCAGCAAGCUGAUACCAGCUUUCCAUCAUCAUUUCGGCCGCCAGUGCCGCGUAGCUGAUUACGGGUUCACGAAGCUACCUGAACUACUUUCGGCGCUCAGCAGCACUAUCGUGGUACUGGGGUCAGGGUCAUACCGCAUCAUCACCAUCUCCGCGGCGGCGCAGGGCCGGCGCUGGACCGCCGACCUGCUCAAGCUGCUGAAGUCCGUGCCCGGCCGCGCCGUGCACCCCAACGACAUCCCCGCCCUGUACCAGGAGACCUUCGGCAAGCCAUUCUCGCCGGCGGACUACGGCGUGUGCACGCUGGCGGAGCUGAUGGGCCGGGUGGCGCCGGGCACGGUGGCGGCGGCGGCGGACGGCGCCGUGUCGCUGCCGCGCCGCGCGCCCACGCCCGAGGAGCGCGGCCGCUCCGCGCAGUUCGCGCUGCAGGCCGUCGAGCUGCUCUGCUACACGCCCAACCUGAGGAUGGAAUUCUCCCGCUUCGUGCCCGCUUACCACGCUCAUUUCGGCAGCCAGCUCCGCGUGGCCCACUACGGCUGCGUCAAGCUCGUCGACCUCUUCGAAGUUAUCCCCGACGCUGUCUCCGUAUACACCGAACCAAGCGGCGAGAGGGGCGUGCGACUAGCUAUACGAACCGCCCGAGCUGUACUAGCUACGCGAUUCAGAGCCCUCGGCCCUGUGACUCUAGAGAGCCUCCCUCAGGCCUACGCGGCGCAGUUCGGCGCCGCCCCGCAACCGGACGUCCUUAACGCCUCGACGUUGGAAGAGCUGGUUUACGCGACCGGUGGCUGUGUUGAGAAUGGCCUAGUUCGUGCUCCAGGUGAUGCCCCGCUGUGGGUGACGUCGUGCCUGGCGGCGUGCGCGGUGCUGUCGGCGGACCGCAGCGUGGCGCGCGGCAGCACGGAGGAGUACUUCUCCAGCGCCUUCAGGAAGCUGCGCGGCUGCGACCCCGAUGUGCGGCGACUGGUGUUAGCCGGAGUAGUAUUGGCGGACGCGCGACGCGUGCAGCUCACGCCGGCAUGGCGCCUUGUGUGGCGCGUGGCGCAGAUCCUAGCCGACCGGCCCGAGCCCAUGCCCGCCAUGGACGUGUUCGUCGAAUACACCAGUCGCUUCGAACCGCUGUUCCCGUGCGCGGAUUUGGGCUUCGAGUCGGUGGUGGAUUUCCUGCGGCACUACCGCGAAGUGUUCGUGGAGGCGGGCGCGCGCUGGGCGCUGAGCGCGGGCGUGGCGGCGCCGCGCUGUCUGGGCCCCGCGAGGCACGAGGACUACUCGGUACACGACACGCCGCCGGGACAAAAGGGUUCCCGCGUGUUCGAGUCGCCGAAGACGAGCCUGUGGUGCUCGCCGCCCGCCAGCGCGCUGCCCGCGCCCACGGCGCUGCUCGUGCAGGAGAGCAAACGCCGCAUCCGCCUGGCGGCGCAGUUCGACGCCAUACAGUAGGCUGUCCACGCACGCCCCCGCAAGGUGAUACAUUCCUUCCAAUUUUUAUCUCGUAAAAAUGGCAUGCGUUCCGACGUCACCCCAGCUAUAUCAGGAUUGUAUCCAGGGUUGCAACGAAUUUUAUCAUCUAGACUAAUUCAAGUGUCCUAAAAAUGUGAUGUCUAUAACAAUAAUGUUCUAGAUCGUAUAUUUUUGUGUGUUUAUUAAGAUUAAGAUAUUUCAAAGCAUUCGGAAAAUGUUACAAUGCAUACAAUUUGUACCCUGAUCAAUAUUAAAUCAGUGUGUAUCUCGAAUGUUAUGUUAAAAUUAUUUUAGAAUUGUGUAUAGUCUAUAUUUAUUUCUCGCCAAUUUUACUUUAUUGACAAAAAGUAUUCCUCGUUUAUAUUAUAGGAAUGUUUCGAGUAUUUACUAUUUAUGUAUUGAUCGUCCCUAAUCAGCGAUAUAUUGAAUUAGGUUUGGUCUGUUCAUUAAUAAUGAUGCACCGAUUAAUGAAUGUGAAGUAUUAAUCUUUUUAACAUUUGACAUUUUUUAUUUUAGGUUUGGAAGACUAGAACAAACCUAAUUAUUGUUGAUAUUUCAUGCAUUUUACUCUUUAACGAUCUUCUUAUUAUCUUAUCUUGAUCACAUCGAUUUGUCUAUACCUCUAAUUUAAUUAGUUAACACAAAUUAGAAGUAACUAUGUUCAUUUUUCCAUUUCGAAAUAUCAAUAAUUAUCGUCUAAGAAGUGUAAGUCAAGCUCAAAUAUUAGUAGGUAUACGAUUGAAUGUAAUUUAUUUAUAAUAUUUAAAAGUGUAAAUAACAUUUUCCGAAUGUCCUAUAAAGUACAAUAUAAUUACUGUAUGUGUGUUUUGUCGUAAGAAUUUUAUCCUUUAUACAUGAUCUCCAUCAAAUCGCUAUAAUUAGGCCUUACCUGUUUUGUUGAAAUGUAUUGAUAAUUGUUACUGUACAGUCUUAAUUGUUUUACUUCGUCGGUUGUAGAAAAUAUCACUGUUUCAAAGUCCUGUAAUUUUUAGACAACAAUUUUACUAAAUUCUUGAGAUAUACAUUUUACACCGCGAUAUGCCAGGUUUACAUUUAGAAUGAUAUCCAUGAUCGAAUUGUGGUCGAUUUUAGCUACAAUCUUAAAGAGUCAAUUAUAAAUGUGCAAAUUUUUUACCAUUUUUUGUAUAUUUAAGUGAUAACACGUAUAAAUAAAUAUUCUCUGACAAAAGAAAAAUCGUGCUCGCUCUGGGAUGAUUAAACUAUGACUAUUAAUAGUGUGUUUAGAAGCAGCUGGAUAUCAUUGAAACUGUCGUUGCUAGAGUUGACUCAUAGACGGUUGUAUGCAUCUGUUCCGACCUGGUAGAAUACUUAGGUUCUUGUCUGUCGCGCAAUUUUGUUUGUCCAUGUCACCCGCUGCUCGCAGUUCCACAUUGAUAAUUAGGGUACAAAUAUAUUUUCUAUGUAAGUGGUGUAUCUUACAUUGUCAAGAUGUGUUGGACCGAUAAGGUAGUGUGCGAUGACCGCGGCAUUCCGGUAUAUGCUAAAAAGGUCUGUCGUGGCGCAAUGCAUUUAUGAGGGCUUUAUGGUGCGUUUUCUAGAUGGUUUGCAGCACGCGUUCGAAGCGCAACAAGUACUUAAUCUCUUCUCUGUAUAAUAGCCGUGUGUAUGGAUAUGUUAGUUUUGUAAAUAGUGUAACCUACGUGCAACACUUACUACUGUGAUAUUUCAUUAGUAUUUAUACCUAGGACGCAACUGGUAUCGAAAUUAAUCCUAUCAUUUUGGUACAUAAAUAUAUGCGUUAAGAAUCAUGAGCUGCAUAUUGCUAGGUGAACUCGAUUUAUUUAUGUAUAUAGUGUACAUAUGUUUAAACACGCGCAAAAAUUGGUACAAAGCGUAGCAUAAAUUUAUUUAGGAGUCGUACAUGAUUAUAACGCCGGUCCGGCCCUGGGUAUCGAUGUGGAAUGUCGGCGAGCGGGUCAGACUUAUUCUUGCAGCGUUUAUAACGUAACACUCGGUUCCUUUGACAGUAGGGCGAUUAAUUACUAAAGGCGUCCAACGACUGAUCAUAGGGUCAUUGUGUCAUUCGUUUCACCGUCCAGUGCCUGUUUCCAUCCACUUGGACCCACUGGACGGUGAACUGACGCAAUGACCCUAUGUAAUAUAAUGCACAACUACAUCAUGCAGUCUUUUUUUAAAUUAUAAAGUCACUAAUAAGCGACGUCAGAGGAAUCGAGCGUUUACGACGCACCAAUUAUAACCCGCUCUAGAUCCGCGUCAGUAAGGCGGGCCUUACGUCGACUGCGGAUCGCAAUAUAAUAUGCAAUUAUAUAAUAUAUAUGGGUUACGAUUUUCAUUUACACCACUGCCAGUUCGCAUUUCGAGUGAAGUGAUACUAAGGGGCCAACGCGAACAUCAAAAGUCGAUCGACUGUCUCCAUCUCUUUUGCAUUAUUGGAGCGACAGAAUGGAGAUACACAAAUUUCGAUUGUCGAAGUUUGCGGUGGCCCCUUGUCCUUGUAUUUAAUAAAUCUUGAAAUAUUGUUUCAUAGAUGUUAUUUUAUUUUGAAUUUACUUAAGACUGUAGUGUUUUAAGAUAAUGUUGUUUUUACUCUUAUGUGACCAAUAUCAAAGUUUUACAAUUAUAACACUAAGGUUUAUAGAUUUAAGUAUUUGAAAGUACAGUAAGAGGGUAUUUAAUAAGAUAUAAUUAUCUAUGUCUUCAUAAUUCUGUGAUCUUUAUUUUCUCUGUGUACUGUAGUGAACACUAAUUCGUGUUUUCCGUUCAUUGAUUUGUCACCAAUAGUGAAAUAUCAGUGUUUGGAUGUAGUAUGUUGUUAGUAUUGCAUGGAAAAAUGAAUGUAGUGUUGGAAAAUAAAUGAUAUUUUUAUAAUAACUAGAA